AUGAAGGUGCUUUGUGACGGUCAGCUAGUAAAUUUAAUACAAACGGCUCAGAACGAGCAAUUCAAAAUGCUGGAUAAGGAUUUGCUCAAGAGUUCGAUCGAAUGGGAAACGCUAUUGCAUCACGCAGCAUUCUACAACAACGAGGUGAUCGCUCGACAUCUGAUCGACGUGGGUCUUAAUGUUGACGCACUUGACUCCGAUGGUAGAACUCCUCUGAUGGUGGCCGUAGAAGUUCGCAGUGUAGCAGUUACCAAAGUUUUAUUGCAAGCCAAUGCCAGUAUCGACAUCACCGAUGUUGAUGGUAAAAGUGCUCUUCGGAUGGUUUUUCAUCCGGACUAUUUCAGUACUAAAAUUCUCGAGCCGAUCCUGCAACGAUUGCGACGUGACUGCUCUGACAUCGAAGUGUUGGUGGAUAGAUUAAUCGAGGCUGGGUGCUCGAUGUAUCAUGCCAGCUAUCUCAGAGAUAUUCGAGUAAUGGAGAUGCUGUUAGAGCGUAAUAUCGACAUCGACUCAAGAGGUUAUUGCAAGAGAGCAGCGCUGCACGCUGCCGUUGCAACAAGUGACCUCGACAUGGCCAACUGGAUUUUGAACAAAGGCGGUUGUGUAGAUGCUCUCGACGAAUAUGGCAAGAGCGCGUUGUUCGAUGCCGCGACCAAUGGUAAAGUCGACUUGAUGCACUUAUUGCUGGAACGUGGUGCAAAUCCAAAUACUAGGCACGCAAACACCGAAUACACACCUCUCUUUGCCGUAUUUGCUUUCUCACUGGACGAAUCUGACCAAGGAAAUUUCGAUGCGUGCACUGAGCUUCUUCUCCGAUAUGGCGCUAUACCGGAGAACUCGAGCGUCGAUCAUAAUACGCUUUUUGAUUAUGCUUUGCUAAACCCUGCUGAGAAUAAUAAAGUUGACUACCUCAUUGGUCAGCUGGCGAUUCUGCAUAAGCUUGGCAAGGUCAAUGCCAAGUCCGUUCUGCGUUGCAACAUUGAGGAACAUGGUCAUAUAGUUUUGGAAUUGAGAAACAUAUACGAGUCAUGCAAUAAGCUGCUCGAGUUGAUCGUUUACGGCGACUUAUCACUGUUUGAUUUAUUGACCGAGAACCAAAACAAAAUGAGAACGCUUGUCCGCAAUAGAAUGAUUAUGUCGGAAAUAGAUUUCAUCUGCUCAAAGCUCAGCGAGAUUUAUCCUUAUUACUGCAGAAUUUUGAAGGAACGUAUUUCGAAAGCAACUGAUAUGGUGAUGCUAGAAGACGCGACGAUUCCCGUCUUUUCCAAGCUUUUUAACGCUAAUUAUAAUUUGUGCUACAACUUCGCAAGACUAGUGACUGGAUAUCUGAGCGAACGUGAUCUCGAGCGACUAUGUCAAGUUUGA